GUCUAAUUUCACUUGUGAAUAUUCUACAGGUCUCGCAGUUCAGGUAACGCGCCAGGCAUGCAAAAGCACGUGAAAUUCACCGAAAAUAUCAGCGACAAAAACCGUCUGUACCACAAAAGAUCGUCUUUGCCUUCAAGGCUAUCAGGUCUCAAUGUGCAAGAUGGCAAAGGAAACCCAGUGUUUGGACAUAAAACACAGAGACCUGCAACUGCUCAUGUACCAGAACAAGAUCAGACUACUAAAACUAUUCAUAUUCAGAAGACGAUGACUGCUGCACCGUUUUUACAGCAUCCAAUCUUGACACCCGGACAGAAGCGUUUUCUGUACCGUAUGGAAGAGGCCUACAGCACUGAGCACAUGCGCCAGCUAAUAUGUCAACACUACAUGAAUGUUCUACACCGGUGUAUCAAGACAGUGCCGGAAGUGAAUACAAAUCUACAAGUGAAAGUGCAGACAUCAACAUGUGUCCCGGAAAUAGAACACAUGGAAAACCUUGAAAGUACAUCGACAAUUAAGACUAAAGGAAUUGGAAAAAAAUCGAAAGUAAAGAAAACUAUUUUACCUAAAAUCAUCAAUCAUCAGAGAAGGUCUUCUGAAUUUGUGAAAUCAAAGACAGUGCAGUCCAACAAGAGAAGGGCAACCAUUCCAAACCACACUACUUUACGAGGAUCACGGACAUUGGAUGCUGACUUUGAAUGGAAGGCAACAGAAAUGGAUUCUUAUCUAGCUUGUCACAUGAGUGGCUUGUCUUUCAAUGAAUUGUCGGACGAAGACGAGGACUUCCUAUUAUAACAGAUAUGUGAAAAUGAAAAACAUACCAAAGAUAACACCACUCCAAGUUUCAAGUAAAAAGCUGUUCCAGACAUUUCAAAACAGUCAUUUUAAUAGUGUCAAAAGUGUUUGUUUUUCUUAAAUAAAAAAAUAAAACAAAGUUA